AUGGUAAACAACCCAGGAUCAGUCGGCACCAGACUACAUGCUGACAGCCUGUCACUCACACAACAACCUCAGUAUGAUGACGACGACCAAUAUGAUCUGCAGUGGGGGUCAGGUACCUCGGCAGAAGUGACCCCAUCGUCCAUGGCCCUGGCGUUGGCCAUGGACUCCAACGAGCCGUUGGCACUCAAUCACAGCGACAAAUCCAGCCCACAAGUGUAUCGCUUGAUGAUCCUCUCGUUGGUUCUCUCGUUACUUAUCUGCAUCUUCAACUUCUUGGGCACUUUUUCAUGCACAAAUGAUAGCUUCACCCAAUGUUACCCCCAGCUCACCCUCAGGUUUCGUGAUACCCCGCAAGCUAGACUCUAUCUUGGAAGUGCUCGAGAAGGGCUUCGCAUGGCGUCUUUCUUCGCCAAGGACUUCAGCGUUACUCUUAAUGAUGGACACAAGUUGUCGGAACGAAUCCGUCAUAUCAACACCAUCGACAGUCUUUCCGACAAAAACCUCUUCAAAUUCAACUACAACGGCUUCUGCAGGAAAAGCAUGCUGACUGGGGUCGAAUCGUGCACGUACUCCCACGGUCUCGAUCUCUUCUCAUCGUUGACAAAGGAUAUCGGUUUGCAGUUGGGAGUUGUUUCGAAGGCCGAAAAUCCGACAGAAAUUGGCGACAGCUUGGCCACCGCGUACGGGCUGUCUCUUGACACCUUGGGCCAGUACUUUGGCUCAGGCAAGAAAAAGGUGGAGCACCACGUCGAUCCACAGACGAACUCGGGAGCCAAAGAAAAGCAGAAAGAGAAGGAAGAGGAGUCCAACUUCAUUGAUAAGGCAAAGCAAAUGAAGUACUUUGGAAAGUCCAUUUCUACCAUAACGUCGGUGCUGAUGGAAAUGUCUUACUACACUUGA